AUGCAGAGGUUUUUCCCAUCGGAAUUCGGAAUGGAUCCCGACAAAACCCGGGUUUCGCAUUUGGAUAACAACUUUUACUCGAAAAAAGCCGAGAUCAGGCGACUCGUUGAAGCCCAAGGAAUUCCCUACACUUACGUUUGCUGCAAUUUCUACACGAGCUACUUUCUUCCUUCUCUCGUGCAGCCGGGCCUUCAAAGCCCUCCGAGGGAUAAAGUCACUAUAUUUGGAGAUGGGAAUGUUAAAGGUGUAUUUGUGAAGGAAAGUGAUGUUGCUGCCUUUACGAUUAGCGCUGUGGACGAUUUACGCACGUUGAAUAAGGUUAUGUACUUGAGGCCACCUGGUAACACUCUUUCCAUGAACGAGCUGGUUACCAGUUGGGAGGAAAAAAUUGGGGGCCGUUUGGAGAGGACUUACAUCUCGGAGGAAAUGCUUCUAAAGAAAAUUCAUGGCAUGGGAUCUUAUCUUUUGGAGACUCUGAAUGACCGAUAUAGCAAAAAACUUGUUCAGACUUACAGUGUGUUUCCCAAUCAAAACGAAACCAGUGAUGUCGUGGUCCAGCCAUACAACUCUCUUCUAACACUCAAACGUCUGACGCUGAAUGCUGAUUGCGUGGUUGUUCUUGAUAAUACUGCACUUAACAGAAUUGCUGUGGAGCGGCUUCACAUAACGACUCCCACUUUUGCCCAAACAAAUUCUCUUGUUUCUACUGUCAUGUCAGCAAGCACAACCACCUUACGGAUACACACCCCUUACUGUGGAGCGCCAGGCCAAUGUCAUUCGGAAAACAACCGUGCUUGA